AUGAUGGCUCUAUUCUCCCCCAAACUAAAGUUCCCCAUUCACAUGGUCCAGCUCGUUCUGGUCGCAGCGGCUCUUGGUCUUUCCGUAGCACGCAUAUUCAUGCCGAACAGACCUAGGGGAAGGUCAGGUACGAUGGCGUUGGGCAUGGCUGCGAAGUCCCUUGUAAUCAUCCUGUACCAAGUCCUCACCGAACACGUUUCGUCAUUCAAACGCUGGGCAAGCGUGAAAGCCAACUUGAUCCUUAACGCCAUGGAAGUCGUCUUUUGGGCCGCGGUGGUGUACAUGGGAAUUCAGUCGCAGACGCAACAAGCCUGUAUCGGAACGAGCUGCACGCUUGGCUGGGUAGUUGUUGUCUUUGGUAUCCUUUUGAGCAUGAUUGCGGGGCACACGACCAUCAUCUCGUGGCUCGAUUUCCGUUACUUUAAGGCGAAUGGAGUGCGCCGUGGUGCCAUGUCUGCUCCGCUUCCGAGCCGUGAUGAGGAGGGGCGGUCUGUCGAAGGUGUGCAAAUUCAGGAGAUUCAGCGGGAGGGAAGAAAGCCACAAGAGUAUACGCAGCAGCAGCAACAGCAGGUUUAUGCUCAACAACAAGCAUAUGGCCAGCAACAGGUUUACGACCAACAAGCCUAUGAGCAACCGACGUACCCUCAACAAACAUACGGACAACAAUACACUCAUCAAUCGUACGGAAGACAAUGA